CAUGCACAUAAUCAUUUCAUGUUUGAUUACGUUUCGAAUACACCGAUAGGUGUCAUCUGCACUAUACUUCAUGAUUGCACUAAAACUGCGCUUUAAGAACGGGUGAACACAUUUUAAGGAAUACACAAAUUCAGUUUCCAUGGACCCUUUAUUUGAUGCAUGGACCCAAGAGAAGAUCCUAGAGCUGAACCUAGGGGACGCGUUACGUUUGGCGAAAGUGUGGAACUUGGAGGUUCAGGGUCUCCGUCAAUUACAAGAAAUAAAAAGUCGUCUGUUAACCAAAUGGAAAGAAGGCGACGGGAGAGAGAGUCCCAAGUCGCCUGUUCCUUUCCUGGGUGGAAUCCUUAAAGCGAGCCAGGAUCAGGAAGAAGUGCGAAUGGAGCUGCAGAAUAAGUUACAACAGACAGAAAAACUUGUCCAAGACAUACCAGAAAAACUGAAGUCCAACCUACUACAAUCGUACCCUUCCCUAGACGACACCAUUCGAACCAUGGCCCAUUCAUUGGAGUCCUUACAAUGCUGGAUUCUGGUUGCAGGCGAGGUUGGAGCAGGGAAGUCGAGCAUUAUCAAUCUAUUCUUGGACUGUCACGUUCUCCCGACGGACACGCUGAAGUGCUCAAACACGAUUGUGGAGAUCCGGUGUAGCGAUAUCAAUGAGGCUAGGUGCUACUUUAAGUCUUCGUGGACAGACCGCGGGCAACAGAGAUCGAUGAAACCGAGAGUCAUUAAACUGGAUGACCAACGGGGCAUACAGGAGUUCAAGGAUUGCGUGACUGAAUGCGACGCAAAUGACGACAAUCCUUAUGAUCAUAUCGAACUCUACUAUCACUUCAAAACCUUAAGUAAAAGCGUCGUGAUUGUUGACAUUCCGGGCAUAGGCGGAGGAAACAACUUAGAUCAUCGACUUGAAAAAUACAUUAAGUCCGCCUUCGGUUUUGUCUACGUCAUGAACACCAAUACAGCCGGUGGCUUGUCGCAUAGCCGGCUUGGUCACCUUCUGAAGACUGUAGUGAACAGCUCAAAGGAGUUCGGUCCAGAUAGCUUGCUUUUUAUUGGAAACAAGAGUGAAAACGUGCCCCAAUGUGACACGACAGUGGUACAGAAAGACAUUUUUGAGCAACUCUCAAAUGUCUACCCCGAAAUAAGGAAUAACCAGAUUCAUUACAUGUCUGUUACCAAGGCUCGAGAUAUAUAUGAAGACCAUAAGACACUUUCAGAUGAUCAGGUGACCCUCUUGCAAAGGAUAGGCGAGUUGAUUCCAAACCCUCACCGCCACGCGAUGAAAGAGCAUUAUUGGUGGCUUUCUUCACUUUUGUCCCGCACCGCAUACGUUCUGCGCGUGGCAGGCGUACAGCACGAGAUGUCGGCGGAAGAGCUGAAACGGAAGUACACGGAGAUGCAGGGGCAUGUGGCAGAGCUCCAGCACAACACCGACGAGUGUGUAAAGAAGCUACGACACAAGGUGGAGUUCGAAAUUUACAGGAUAACCAACACAAUCAGAGAAAUGCUCCAACACAGGAAUCUUCACAACAAACUCUGUAAAUGGGACAACGAAAGCGACUGUCCGAAAGUAUUCCGGAAAUGGAAGCUGACGGCAGACGAGGCGGCGCUGAAGAUUUCCGAACGUAUUGCGAGCGUCAUGGACGCUUGGGAAAGGGACAACCAGACGUUACACGGGAUUGAACGAGAGAUCGUAGACGUGUUUACGAAGGAGUUUGGGCUCCUUACUCAUCAAGUGCACGAAAUAGAAAAACUGCUAAGCCAUCCGAAUGACCGCACCACCAUACUGCGGACGAUACACGAGCUGACCGGAAAGAAAAUGUUUGGCAAGAAGAGAGGGACGAUAGAGAGAACGUACAGCACGCUCGGAGGUGCCGUCAGCUGCAUCGGUUUGCUUGACACGAACGAUAAAGAAGUUCGCGAUCUUUUCAAAAAGUCAUACACUGACAAGGCAUCCAUGGACACUAAGGCAGAUAUCAUGGCUAAAGCUGCCGCUAUUUACAUGAAGAGCAUUCUGGAACACAAGGACAUGAGUGCUAAAUUGAUGAAGUUUUUUGAGCGCUUUUUCGAAGAUAUAAAUGAAGCAGCCAGAAAGAUACCUAUUUUCCUUCAGGCUGACCAAAAGCUAAUCGAAACGCUUAAACAAAACAUGACCCAGAUUGAAAAGAUGAAAGAACAAUUGCCGCCUAUUGCGAGAGAAUGCGCAGAACUCCAUGGCAAGUUAGACAUAUUCUAUGUCAACAAGAUCAUGAAGUUCGAUAUUGAACUAAAUGAGCUUGACUGGCUGAAUAAAAAAUUCAUAGACUCCGGAUCAUUCUCCAAGGUUUUCAAGUCUGAAUGGAAAAGAGAACAAAUACCCGUGGCAUUGAAGGUAUCAAGUAGCGCCGUGAAAAUCGGAAACGUGACGGAACUACUUAUGGAAGAUAAAAUACUGCGUGACUUGGUUCAUCCCAAUGUGAUUCGCUACUACGGAGCAACCUUUGAGAAGAGUUGGUCCGGUCUAAUCUGGAUCAUGGUUAUGGAGCUCUGCCAGGGAUCGCUGAAGAACUUGUACAUCGAUCAUGCCAGCAAGGCAGAACAUGUCCCUGGUCUCAUCGCUCCUAACCAACCGAGACGACCGGAGGCGGUGAGGAGGACACUUUCGCAUGCCCGGGACAUUGCGAGCGGCCUGGAAUAUAUUCACGAGAAACGAUAUACGCACCGAGACAUGAAGCCCGAGAAUGUGCUUAUCGCAGAAAAUGGCGUUGCUAAGAUAACAGAUGUAGGCGUUGCGAAGCCGACCGAUAGGCUCUCAUUUACACUGAAUGGUUCCCCUGCUUAUAUGGCACCGGAAGUGCUUUUGGGAACAGGAAACCAGACCAACAAAAUCGACAUCUACAGCGUGGCACUUAUUUAUUGGGAAAUGUGGUUUGGAGAAGACACGGGGAGCGUCAUGAACAGAGAAAUUCUUGGACCCAGUUUUUAUGGCGACCCCUUAACUGCGAUCCAAAAGCGUCAGACUGACCCGCGUGGAGGCUGGCGACCGAGUUUUAACACGGAGAAAGCGCCCCCUAGCGGUUUAAUCGAUCUUAUACAAGCAGCGUGGUCUGAUGAUGCCGACAGGAGACCCACGGCAAAGGACAUGAGACUCUCGAUUGAAAAACUGAUCCAGCUGUUGAAAUAACUUAGAAGUAGUAUGAUAGAAAAAUGUCAACUGAAUUUUUUACUUAACCAAUUUAUGCCUAGUGGACUCUCACAUCCUUCUAAUUUGGAUCAAUUUGUUUCCAAAAUUAGGGAUGUCUAGUAUUCAAUUCUAUAUUUAGAAUAUUUCUUACAGAAAUGCCUUUAAGCAAACAGCGCAGACCCUGAUGAGACGCCGCUUCAUGCGGCGUCUCAUCUAGGUCUACGCUGUUUGCCAAGUCCUUUUUUCUAGACGCUAGGCAUAAAUAGGUUAAAACAAUAAUGACUUGGAAUUUGAAUUCUUUUUUAAACAUAUAUGUGCCUAGAUUGUUUCCUGAAGAUGCUUUUGGUAUCAAUUGCAUUGGUAAUGAUCUUGUGUUCAGCUGACACAUUUUUGAACCGGCCCGGCAACUCGUGAAAUCAAUACCUGUUCCGGCUACCCUAUUAUGUUUGGAUAUUGAUCAUUAUCCAAAGGUUUAAGAAGAAUCCUCUAUACCUCUAUAUAUAUCCUCAAUACUUUGAUUCAAGUUCUGCAGAUGACAGUUGAUGUUAUCGUAAUAUGGAUGAUGUAAUCUUAAUCCUUUAAGUAGGAGAAACAUAGCCAGGAAAUGUCUUUGACAUGACUAAAAUUACUCACUUUGGUGCUAACUGGUUUGCAAUGACUACACGUUGAUUGAAAGAUUCUUGGACAUGUCCAGUAUUUUCACUUAUUUACAGACAAUCGAGGUUAUGUUCUUGUCCGGAACAAUUCGGUUUUAUUUUUUAUACUGUGAUUGGAAAUCCAGUCAAAUCUGAGUAGAGAAAUCGCUACGAAAUACAAUAACAUCGUUGUUUAUGCUGGGGGAAAUGAUGCUGCUACCGGUUCUGCUCGAUCGACGCUCUACAAUGACGCGAAAUCUCUAAUCCUGGACAUAAGAAGAAAAUCGGAAUCGUGCGCAGUAUAUUUGUGUACCACGCAUAGACACUGACGUACUUCCGCUCAAUGAAUUAUUAAAGCGGACUGGAGAAGACAUGAACGCACGCAUCAUUGAUUGUCAUCAGGCGUUUGUAUUUGGCAAUGGGAACACAGCCCGCCAUUACUACCAUCGAGAUGGCAUUCAUCUCAAUGCAAAAUGCACUAGUGCUCUUGUUACAGCCAUAAAUCAACAACUACCAAUAACGAGGCACGGGUCCGGAAAAGGAAGUGUGAACGAACAUCCCCAAAUUGCUUCGUUUACUAACAGAUCGCGAUGGCAACAGGGAAACAAAUGCACGGUAUGUGGACUGCGAAAUCACAGCGCUGAAGACUGCUACCAAAAUCGAUGGGGCGCCGGCGGCUACUCGUACUACCAUGGGCGCCACAGGAAAUACCGAGGACAGAGACGAGUCAUGGCUCCAACGAUGUUUCCAAUAUAGGACAAUUUUAACAGACAAUCGCAUGAUAUACAACAAACAAGCAGUAUCCUUUCUCCAAACAGGUUCCAUACACUUACGUAUAUAUGUAUAGAAUGUAAUAAUAAUGUCUGCAAAUGUGAUAAGAGCAAUUCUCUUUUUAAAACAUCAUAUUGUUCAAAUUAUUUGACACCUAGUAAAAACAAUAUUGAUAAAUCUAGUUCAAGUACAAAUUGCAAUACAUGUAUUUCCAAUAUUGACAGGCGUAUUGCUAUUGACAAGUGUGACAAUAAUACUGCUCCUAAUUUAGACUUCAAUUUUUCUAAUAGAGGGUUAAAUGUUGUUUGUCUUAAUAUACGUCACAUAAUGCCUAAAUUAGAUGAAAUUAAAUAUGUACUUUCACAUUCAAAAAUACAUAUUUUAGGACUAUGCGAAACAUUUUUAAUCAAUGAAAUACAAGAUUCGGAUAUACAAAUUCCAACUUUUAAUUGUAUUCGUCGUGACCGAGAUAAUCGUAAGGGUGGUGGCAUAGUUGUUUACAUAAAAGACAAUAUACCUUUCAAACAUAGAUUAGAUUUAAAUACGUGCUCAUUAGAAUCGGUCUGGACUGAAAUUAUGUUCCCAAACGCUAAAUCGUUUCUAAUUAACUUUAUUUAUAGGCCACCGGAUUCUGCAAUUGACUGGGUAUCAGCCUAUGAUAUCAGCUUUAAAAAUGCUAUUAACUGUAUGAGUAAAGAACUUUAUAUUUUAGGUGAUUUAAAUAUGAACUUUCAAUCUGAAAAAGAAACAUUCAAAAACUCCCGCUGGAAUUCGUUUGUAAUUUCAAAUGGUCUUAAAUAGUUAGUAACGAAACCAACAAGAAUUAAAAAGAAAUCGUAUACAAUUAUUGAUCAUUUAUAUACAAAUAGACCCGAUCGUAUAAGCAAUGUUUUUGUUUCAUCGUAUAGUGUUAGUGAUCAUUUUCCUGUAUGUUUUACAAGACAAAUGCAUACAAAAAUACCUAAGAACAAGCAUAUAUCAAAAGAAUAUAGGCAAUUCAAACAUUUUAAGGAACACGCUUUUCAAAACGAUUUAUUAAUGUCAAAUUUAGAAAUGAUUGACAUGGUCUCAGAUCCCAAUACAUAUCUCAAUUAUUUUACUUGAUACCAUAACAUCAACAUUAAACAUCCAUGCACCUAUUAAAACAAAAAGAAUUAAGUCACAAAUUUUACCUGGAUGGUUUUCAGACGAAAUUAAACAUGCAAUUAAAAUGCGAGACUGGUUGAAAAAACAUCACAAAAUCGACGAGUACAAGAAACAAAGGAACCAUGUAACGUUUCUUAUAAGAAAAUAUAAACAACAAUUCUAUAAUAACUCAGUAAAGGAAAAUGUGUCAACAAAACAUAUAUGGAAAACAAUUAAUUCCCUUGCACAUCCAAAUCCUUCCCUCACUCUGCCAUUAACACUUGACGUAAAUAAUACAACCAUUGACAGCAUUCCUGAGAUCUUAGACACAUUCAACGCACAUUUUACUAACAUCUCCGAUUUGGUCACCAAAACUAAAUUUUAACCAUAUAAUUAUACAAAAUUCAAAAGAUAUCUCAAUGAUAAACUAAAAACACAUUUAUUUGAAAUUGCACCAAUAACAGUAUUUGAGGUCCGUAAAAUAAUCGACUGUUUAAAAAACAAUAAAGCACCUGGCCUUGACAAUAUCGGUUCUGAUAUACUCAAACAUUGUGGUGAUACCAUUGUCGGCUCAAUAACGUCAAUCAUAAAUAAGAGCAUUCAAAGUGGAAUUUUUCCGGACAGGCUUAAGAAUGCAUAUAUAUUGCCUGUGCAUAAAGAAUCAGAUAAAAAUGACCUAUACAACUAUAGACCCAUUUCCAUACUCCCUACUGUUUCUAAGAUAUUUGAAAGACACAUUUCAAAUCAAAUGAAGUCAUUUCUUGAAAAACAUCAAUUGUUGCAUACUUUCCAGUCUCGUUUUCGUCAAAAUCAUUCUUGUCAGUCAUCAUUGAUUCGACUUAUAGAUUCUUGGCUACAAAACAUAGAUUCUGGAAAAAUUGUAGGGACAGUAUACCUUUACCUUAGGAAAGCCUUUGAUUUAGUAGAUCAUGAUAUUUUACUUAAAAAACUUUCUAUGUAUCAUUUCUUUGAGAGUGUGCUUACCUUGAUGCAGUCGUACCUAUCUAACAGACAACAAUGCGUCAAAGUCGGAACACAACAAUCAGCUUUUCAAACUAUAAAAGCCGGGGUACCUCAAGGAACUAUUCUCGGCCCUCUUCUUUUCCUUAUAUAUAUUAAUGACAUGCCGUUUUUCCUUCAAAAGGGAGCGUUAGAUCUUUAUGCAGAUGACUCUACCUUACAUGCAGCUGAUGUUGACAUUAAAAGCAUUCAAAGUACUUUGCAAAAUGGCUUAGAUAUAAUAUCAAAUUGGUGCUCUUUUAACAAUAUGUUAAUACAUCCAAACAAAACUAAAUGCAUGAUAUUCUCCAGUGCUAAAAAGUCUGCAAACACCUUAUUACUAAAAAUCAACAACAUUGUUAUUGAUCAAGUUGAACAUCAUAAUUUACUUGGUAUAACUGUUGACAAACAUCUCACUUGGAAACUGCAUAUAAAUAACGUCUGUCGAAAGCUCAACUCAAAGCUAGCCUUAUUAAAACGCAUUUAACCCUAUCUAAAUUAUGAAACAAUGAAGUUGUUUUAUAAUUCAUACAUCUUACCACAUAUGGACUAUUGUUGUACAAUAUGGUGCUCAGCCACAAGAUCAAAUUUAAAGAACGUAAUUUCGAUACAGAAACGUGCUGCAAAAAUAAUAAUGAAUAAGCCGUUUUCCUCUCCUUCAAUUCCGAUUUUCAAUAAACUGGGCUGGUUGUCAUUUGAAAAUAGGUGUAAAUUUCUUGUUGGGACUAUAGUGUACAAAGUUUUAGAUGGCUCAAUGCCUCCUUAUUUUGAUGACGUUAUUUUUGUAUCAAAUAACAAUACAUACUUUCUUAGGUCCACCACCCACAACGAUUUAUCAUAUGUUGCAUUUAAAACGAAUUACGGAAAGCGUACUUUUUCCUUUUGUGCGAGAAAUAUAUGGAACCUUAUUCCAAAUAAUAUAAGACAAGCACCUACAAUUAUUUCCUUUAAACGGCACCUUAAAAAUCAUUUGCUACAAACGCAAAACCUUUUUUGAUAUUGUGGGUUGUAUGGAUUAAAAUACCGCCUUUGGGUAUUUUAUUCUUCUUCUUUUUGCUUUGUGAUUGUCUGUUGUUAUGAAAGAAUGAAAUA